AUGCCCGACGGGGCGAAUUUACGCGUGGCGGCGCUCAAGAAGCGUGCCUCGGCUGCGCCUAACCCUCCCUUGGAAGAGGAGGAGGAAGAAGCGGAUACCCUUGGCGACCUCCCUGGGGAGCGUCCUUCACGUGUUGUGAACCCUGGGCUGCUUGUCCCCCCCGCCCGCGCCCCCGCGGCCUAUACACCGGAAAAGUCAGACGACUGCUUCGCGGCGGCUCUGGAAGUCGAGAUUCCCGUGGACGGCGCCGAGGUCCCUGCGAAAGUGCGCACCUACUUUACUCCGCCCCGGAAUGCUGCGCCGGACGGGAGCUUGGCGAAUACGACGGUGUUUGUGUGCCACCAUGGCGCCGGAUUCGGCGCGCUUUCCUUUGCGCUUAUGGCAAAAGAGGUAACGCGGCUCACGCGCGGCGAAGUCGGCGUUCUGGCGUACGACUGCCGCGGGCACGGGCGCUCGCAAUAUCCCGACAAUGUGGUGCGCGACAUGUCGCUCGACGCGCUCACCUCGGAUCUCUGGUCGGUACUCUCGACCGUCUUUCCGGAGGAGCACAAACGCCCUGCGUUUGUCCUGAUCGGCCACUCGAUGGGCGGCGCUGUCGUAACAUCUGUUGCACAUGCCCUUCAGUCGCGCUCGCUUGCGCGGGUGAGCGGCGUGGCGAUGAUCGACAUUGUCGAAGGCACGUCGCUGCGUCUCCUACCCCAGAUGGGCGAAAUCGUCCGGCGCCGUCCUGAAGGGUUCGUCAGUGUCGAGGCUGCGAUCCAGUGGCACGUCGAGACACGCACGAUCCGCAACCUGGACAGUGCGCGACGCAGCGUCCCUUCGCUCGUCCGCAAAGUGCCGUCGUGCGAGCCGCUUGCUUAUCGCUGGUCGGCCGAUCUUAUUUCUACGGAGCCCUUUUGGCGAGGCUGGUUUACAGGGCUCUCGAGCCGGUUCCUGACGUGCCGCGCGGCGCGGCUGCUCAUCCUUGCCGAGACCGACAAUCUCGACCAGGAGCUGAUGAUUGGGCAGAUGCAAGGCAAAUACCAACUGAAUGACCAGCCUCAAGCUACGGCACGCACCCUCGUCCAGUUCUGGGAACGCAACGAGAAGCUCUCGCUGCCCAUCCCCGGACUGAAGAAAGUAGGCCAGGCGUAG